GUUAUGAAUAGGCAGCGCUCUUGAUUGGCUUUUAAAAACUGUUUACGUUAAACUCAUAGUUUGAAAAGUUAUUCGAGUAGCGAGUGUCACUCGCUUGCACAGUGUUUUUAUUGAAUUGAUUGAAUUUUUUUGUAUAAUGGUACGAUAUGCAGCUCUCAAGGGAUUAUACGAAUUGGAAAGGACCAUUGGAAGCGGAGGUUUCGCUAAGGUUAAACUCGGUAUUCACGUUGCAACUGGAGAGAAAGUAGCCAUCAAAAUCAUGGAUAAGACAGCUUUGGGCGAUGACUUACCAAGAGUUAAAUUAGAGGUAGAGGCACUUAAAACUUUGUUACAUCAACACAUAUGCAAGUUGUAUCAAGUUAUAGAAACAGAUACUUAUUAUUUUAUGGUAAUAGAAUAUUGUUCAGGAGGAGAAUUGUUUGAUCACAUAGUCGAAAGAAAUAGAUUGUCUGAGUCAGAGUCUCGUAAAUUUUUUCGUCAAAUUGUUUCUGCAGUAGCGUACUUGCACAGUCUGGGAUAUGCUCAUCGUGAUCUUAAACCUGAAAAUGUUUUACUAGAUAAAAAUGAAAAUUUAAAACUCAUCGAUUUUGGUUUAUGCGCAAAACCAAAAAGUGGAAUGCAAUCUCAUUUAUAUACGUCUUGCGGUUCUCCAACUUAUGCUGCACCCGAAUUGAUAUUGGGCAAAAAAUACUUAGGUUCAGAAGUAGACAUCUGGAGCAUGGGAGUUAUUCUUUAUGCGUUACUCUGUGGUUUCCUUCCAUUUGACGACAAUAGUAUAGAGAAUUUAUACAAAAAAAUUUUGAGCGGGAAAUAUGAUGAGCCAAGCUGGUUGUCUGUUAGUAGCAAAAGAUUAAUUCGUGCAAUGUUACAAAGAGAUCCGAAAAAAAGGAUAACGAUUCAAGAAUUGUGCAAUCAUUCAUGGAUAACAUCAGGUUUUCUUAAUCCAAUAUCAUUUGUUCAUAAAACUAAUUUUGAGAAAGACGAUGACGUAUUAGGUACUAUGUCUGCUAUUUGUGGAGAGCACAGUUCGGAUAUAUGGAAUGCAUUAGCUAAAAGUGACAGAACUGAUUAUAGGACAGCUACGUAUUUAUUAUUACUCGAUAGAAAACUACGUGGGCUUUCUUUAAAAAUAUCAUCCUCAGCAAAGUCUUAUUUUAAGCAGGGCUUGAUAGGAAUGGAUUUACCACAGCACGAAAGUGCAGUGAAUAAUUUUAUUACAAAUUUGGAUCACUCUCCGAGAAGUAAAGUAAUUAGACAGUUACCUGCCACCAAUGAUUGUCCAGCUAGUCAGUACAAAACUCCUGUUGCUGAAAAAAAUCGCAAACAAUUCACAGAACCAAACAGUCCUUGUAGAAAAAGAUUAAGAAGUAAAGAAUUAGAUGAUGUUUCUUCACCUGUUCCAACAAAGAAGUGUAUUGACAAAAAUAAACUUGUAUCUACUCCUACUAAUAACGUACCAACAGAAUUUAGAGAUGCACAAUCUUCGACGCCGGGAAGUGCAAGAAAAGUUAUGAUGGGUUUGGAGAGGGGGUUGCAUCGCGUUAGGUGUGUUCUUACUCCAAAACGACGAAUUAAAAAUGAAAAUUUAAACCCUGAUCAACCGACUAUACUUUCUGGAAAAGGUUUGUGUAAUGUGUCAUCGGCAUCCAGCGAUUGUCCGAAAUAUGUUUUAUCACAAUUACGACGAGCUUUACGGCGUAAAGGAAUUAUGUGCCAUCAAAAAGGUUUUACUCUACAAGGAGAAACAGAUGACUGUACGGAAGACCUAAAUAAUGCGAAACCAUUUUUACCUAGAAAUGCAUGUUCAUUCGAAUUAGAAGUAUGCUUAUUAGAAGGUGUUUCUGAUGAUAAACCAUUGGUUGGUAUUAGAAGAAAAAGAUUAAAAGGUGAUGCAUGGGUUUAUAAACGUGUAUGCGAAGAGGUUUUAGCUUUGGCAGCUGAAGAUAUAUCUAGUAGGCAAGAAGAUGGGUCUUCCGAAUCUAAGUGUCCUAUUUAAAAAAUAAUAGCAUUUUCAAAUGGAUACAAAAAGAGAUCAUUUUGACGAUUUGAAAUACUACUUACUUAGUCCAAGAUUUAACAAAUUUUGAUCUCAGAUAAUGUGCAUCGGUCGCGUAUAUAUAAUAUGUUUGAUAUUCUAUAAAAAAAAAAAAAAAAAAAAAA